AUGACAUCCAAACUGGAAUUCAAACGCGUAGAGCGAACGGAUACGACACAUUUUGUUUGUGUCGCGUCGAACAAGUACGGGACAGACAGAUCAGAAAUCCUGCUGGUAGUUCAAGAGCCGCCAGACACUCCGCUGAACUUCCACGUUUCCAACUACAGUAGCCGCAGUGUGAGUCUGAGCUGGGAACAGCCGUACGACGGGAACAGCCGCAUAACGCACUACGUGGUCCAGUACAAGAACGCCUCAGUUACAUGGCAUUGGAAUGUUGCCCAGGUGCUGGUGCAAGCAGGCCAGCAAAACGUGACCGUGGCGGGCCUUCUGCCCGCCCGAGUUUACCAGUUCAGGGCCCUCGCUAGCAACUCCGUGGGAACGUCCAAUGCGACCAGAGCGCUCUCGGUCACCACAAUGGAGGAGCCCCCUGAAUCCCCACCCAGGGAUGUGAAAGCUAGGACGAAAAGUUCAGAGAGUCUUUUUGUUACAUGGAAGCCACCAGAAGAGAAAUUUCAAAAUGGAGAAAUUCUGGGAUACUACAUUGGCUACAGAAAAACAAACUCUUCUGAUGCAUUCCAUUACAAGACGUUCGAAGUAAUUCCAGGAAUGCCGCUGCAAGGCCUCCUCACCAACCUGCAGAAGUUCACAGAGUACACGGUUCUGAUACAGGCGUACAAUAAGGCUGGAGCAGGUCCCAAGAGCCCAGAAGUUACCGCCAUGACAGAUGAAGACGUUCCUGGAGCGCCUCCAGAAGACGUUAAGUGUAAGCCUUUGUCUUCUCGCGCCCUGUUUGUUCAGUGGUCCUCUCCCACUGCUGAGAUCAAUGGAGUGCUGCAGGGUUACAGGGUCUCGUACCGAGCUCUGUCCGACUGGGAAGUCGUUCCAGAGCCUUCGGCCCCCGCAGAGCGCGUGACGCAAGAGGAGCGGCUGGAGCUGAGCGAGCUGCAGAGCUUCCGCAACUACAGCCUGGAGGUGCGGGCCUUCACCAGGAAGGGCGACGGCGUCCCCAGCCAGCCCGUCUUCUGCACCACUCUGGAGGACGUUCCAGGAGAACCAGCUGACAUCAAAGCGCUUGUUAUGGAUUCACAAACGAUCCUGAUUUCAUGGAGGCCACCAAAAUAUCCCAAUGGAAGACUGACAAAGUACAAAGUCUACAUUAGAUCGCUCGAUGGAUUUGGUUUGGUAUGUCAUGUUAAAAAUAUUUGUUCUUGGCUAUAG